CGCUGCUGCCACCACAGCAUCCGUGAGUCAUUUACUGCUCAUCUCUGAGCGCGCGGUCUCUGCGGUAGUCACCACCUAAAAGAGAUUUGCAGGCUUGCAAGACAGCAGAAGCUGAUCUUAAAAUGGUCUUGGAACCUGCCGUCCAGGGUGUUGCUGAAGAGGAGAUGGCUAGCUCGGCUAGUGGUCCUGGGGAAGAAUCUGACAGCAGUAGCUCUAGCGGCAGCAGUAGUUGUAAUAGCAGCAGGAGCAGCAGCAGUAGCAGCUGCUAUAGAAAGAAGAGGGUACCUGAGCCAUUCAAAAGGGCGGGGCGGGAUCCUUUUGGUACAAAUUUUGUGAAUAGGCUGCCUGAGGCAGUUAGAAAUCGUGUGCAGGCACUCAGAAAUAUUCAAGAUGAAUGUGACAAGGUAGACUUCCUGUUCUUAAAGGCAAUUCAUGAUCUUGAAAGACAAUAUGCAGAACUCAACAAGCCUUUGUAAGAUAGGCGAUUUCAAAUCAUCAAUGCAGAGUAUGAGCCUACAGAAGAAGAAUGUGAAUGGAAUUCAGAGGAUGAGGAGUUCAGCAGUGAUGAGGAGGUGCAGGAUGACACCCCUAGUGAAAUGCCUCCCUUAAAGGGUGAGGAAGAGGAAGACCUUAAAGAAACAUCUGAGGUGAAGGCUGAAGAGAAGGAAGUUCCUAAAGAAAUUUCUGAAGUAAAAUCUGAAGAGAAGGAAGUUCCUAAAGAAAUUGCUGAGGUAAAAGCUAAAGAGAGAGAAGUUCCUAAAGAAAUUCCUGAAGUAAAGGCUGAAGAUAAAGCAGAUUCUAAAGAUUGUAUGGAGGUGACAGCUGAAGUAAAAGAAGAUCCUAAAGGAGUUCCCCAGGCAAAGGCAGAAGAUAAACAACCUAAAGCAACAGAGGUUUAGGCAAAGGCUAGAAUAAGGGAAGCUCAUAAAAGAGUUCCUGAGGAAAGGCUUAAGGAAAGAGUGAAUCUUAAAAGAGCAAGGAAGGGAAAGACAAAAAGAGAACAUCCUCCGAAAGGUGUUCCUUACGAAUUUAAAUUCCUACCUAACCCAUACUUCAGAAAUGAAAUGCUGAUGAAGACAUAAAUAAAGUCAAAACCAGAUCACAAUGAUCCUUUCUUUUCUUGGAGAUGGGAAAUUGAAGAUUGUAAAGGCUGCAAGAUAGACUGGAGAAGAGGAAAGGAUGUUACUGUGACAACCGCACAGAGUCACACAACUGCUACUGGAGAAAUUGAAAUCCAGACGAGAGUGGUUCCUAAUGUAUCAUUCUUCAAUUUCUUUAGUCCUGAGAUUCCUAAGAUUGGAAAGCUGGAACCACGAGAAGAUGCUAUCCUUGAUGAGGACUUUGAAAUAGGUCAAAUUUUACAUGAUAAUGUCAUCCUGAAAUCAAUCUAUUACUAUACAGGUGAAGUCAAUAGCAUCUACUAUUAAGAUGGCAGAGAUUAUGGAAAUAGAAAAUAUUGA